GCUUAUGGAUGGACAGGAUGGUCUUCCUUUCUGAACGUGAGAGAUCUUCAAGGAAGGGAAUUGACGAAUGUGAAACUCAAUGCAAGUUGAUUAACAGGUUCCAAUUUUCUCUCUCUUUCUUUUUGGCUCAGUUUACACGGAGAGCAGGUCAGGAUCUGCGACGGAGGUUACUGGAAUCUGCAUCCGCGGCUGCAUCCAUGGCCAUGGGGCUUCCACAAUUGCAGGCUUCACAGUUGGCAACCGAUGUUGCAGCGAUUGACAGGGUGCGUGCAGGCACUUUCCAUUCGUACUGCCUGUCUGUCCUCCGUGCACAUCCUGUGGAGGCAGGUCUGGAUCCGAAGUUUGUUGUCUUCACUCCGAAGAUGCAGCUGGAACUCCUGGAACAGCUAGUCCUGGAUUGGUUCUCCAAAAAGUCUGCAGGUUCACCUCUGCCAAAGAACAAUAAAUGCAGUGACACGCAUGAAGAAAAAGGAAAGGUCUGGCAGAGGAGUCUGGAGGAGUUGUCUUCCAUGCAGCGAUUGUUUGUGCGGAUGGAGGCAUAUCGGUUGUGGCGAAAGAUCCAGCGAGCAAAGGCAAAUACUCCCCAGGAUCAUGAUCCUUGUCGAGACGCAGGCAUGGAAAUGGUCACAGGGGCAGAUGCAGGAAUGUUUCCGUGGGUUAGUUCCCGGUACAGUAGUCAGCUGCGGACAUUGAAUGGCGUGGACUUCAACGACUUCCUACGGUAUACAAUUUUACUGUUUCGACGCAACUCAGCCCUCCUAGAAGCUCACCGAAGUCAGUUUAAGCAUGUGCUAGUGGAUGAGUUUCAGGAUACAGAUGCAGCACAGUUUGAGCUUUUGAGACUGCUGUGCGGAGACCACGAUGGAGUGACGAUUGUUGGGGAUGAUGAUCAGCAAAUAUACAGUUUCCGAGGAGCAGCCGGGAUGAAAAACUUCAAUGCUUUCCGGAAAUCCUUCCCUGCUAGCAAGGUGGUAAUGCUAGAGCAGAACUACCGUAGCACAGGGGCCAUUGUGGCCGCUGUUCGGCUUCUCAUUUCACGAAACAGCAACCGUCACAGGAAGAACAUUCGCACAAUUUCCCCAACUGGUUCACUCACAAGGGUUUGCGAGUGCAGGAAUGUGCAGUGUGAGGUGGCUGCAGUGGCAGAGGCAAUCGCCGAGCUGGUGCAGCAGCAAGGAAUAGGGCUGAAAGAUGUGGCAGUUCUUUAUCGCCUACAGCGAAUAGGACUUGAAUUGUGCCAGUUACUGAGAGCACAUGGUGUUCCGUGUGAAAUCAAGGGAAGUGGACAUUCUGGCAGUGAUAUCGAUGGUGGAAGAGACGGAGGGAUUGGGGAAGGCAACACAGGUGCCGUGUUUGAUAGCGUGCUGGCGGUGCUGCGGCUCGCUGUUUCUGAGACUGAUGAUGCUGCAUGUUUGCAGCUCAUGAAAUGCUUUGUCCCUCAUCUGAGCGAUGAUAUAAACGCUUGCUUGCAUUACCUUCAUCAACUGCGAGCCAUGCCAUUGCUCAAGGCCAUUCGUUGCCUCCGGUCACAUGUGAAAGGACUUCUCCAUUGCGACGACUUGGCAGAGUUUGGCCCGGCACAGCGCCUCAGGAAAAGCUGCAUGAUGCCAACUACUACUCAGAAUGGAGUUCUGUGGGCUAGGCUCCUGGACCUGGUUCGAAUUGUCGACUCUGUAAAGGCAGAAGCGCAAACAUUUGGCAGCAUACGCUCCCUCAUAUUGAAUGUGAAGGAACAAGUUGGCCCACUCAUAGUGUCCCAAGUGGGCGGCGAAUUGAAGCGAACUGGGUCACGGAAUGUAGGACAGCCUGGACAGGUCACUGGGCCGCCAUUAGUUCAAUCAGGAAAAGGGGAUGUGGCUGUGCCAACACCUGGUAAACGUGGAGAAUCGAGCGAUGCUGGAAAAAGUGAAGGGUGCGAGAAUCUUGAGUACGCAGGUAUGAGAGCACUGCUGAAAGAGGCCUCACUCUAUGAUGGCGAGGUCGAAAGGGCAGCCGAGAGAGAACAUGAAAGGGAAAGCAACUCUCCUCAAGGGAAAUCAAAUUGGCAGAAAGAAGGAAGAGAGCGAGAAAAUGCUGGAGAGACGGCUUGCGGUGAUGGCAGCGACAAGAGCCACACAAGAUCAGAGUCCCCUUUGGGGAAGAGCUACAGCUAUCAGGAACUUAGACAACGGAGGGGGAGACAAUGGAGCACAGGUGGGAAGUCAUCACAGAGUUAUAUAUUGCCAAAGUCAGCUGUCACUGGAGGGCUAUCUGAUACAACUAAGCCGGCAAGUGUUUCCCCUCGACUGAAGAAAAGAGAGGAAGUGGCUCUCAAAAGAACAGAGUGGUUGCAAUUUUUUUUGGAUCGUGUCGCUCUUCGACUACAUGACAGCGAACUGGGAGAACCUGAGGAGCUGAAUGUGAAGGAUAAGAAGCAUCAGAUGUCACAUGCCCGAAACUGCACACCUGCCAAUAAGGCACAGGAGCAUGUCACGCUCACUACAAUUCAUCAGGCCAAGGGGCUGGAAUGGGCAGCUGUGAUACUUGUUCGGGCAAACGAAGGGGUUCUCCCGAUCCUCGACACAGAUGCAAACAUUUCUGCGUGCACUGCUUUCCGUUCAGCAGAAGACAAAGGGGCCAUUCCUCCUGAGGAGCAUGGCGCAACACAGCAAGAUGGCAGGCAGUGCCCUGCAGCAAGAAAGCAAAACUGGAUUUCAAAUGGGAAUGCUUCAGGUGGUACGAGCAGAUCAUUUGACAGUCAUAAAGGUGAAAAUACGAACAGGUGUGCAACAGGAGCUUAUGAUGCAAAGGAGGCGAAGCUGGUCCAAGUUCCCGAUGGUGGUGCGCAGGCCUCUGCAGCUCCUGGUAGAAGAGAGGAAGUGAACAUUGAAGCUUUGGAGGAGGAGAAGGAUCAAAUCCCGAAGAUUGACGUUCCAUUGUUUGAUGGUAACAACGCCUCGGGAUGGGCAGAAAAGUUCGAGCAAUUGGGAAGUUGCUGCGAAUGGUCGAAUGAAAAGAUGCUGCGAAUGGUGAAGAGAUAUUGCAAGAUCCAGUACAAGGAAGAGGUGGAGGAGUUGAUACAAGAUUCGUUGAACUGGGCAGAAUUCAAAAGGAAGCUGCUAGAAAAAUACCAGUUGAGCGAUCAACUGUUGGACUUGAUCGAUUCGAGGAAGGUUAGUCGGAAAAGCUUUGGUACAACAAAGCAGUUCCUUACUGAAUUCGAGUGGGUGGCGAAAUUAGUUCCUGACCUUCCAGAUAAAGAUCAUUGCCUCAUCUUCCUGGAUAAUUUCACGGAAGUGGAGCAACUAAAAUUGGUAAAGGGAAUGAAAGAGCGAUAUGAUUGGCCAAAAAUUCGAGAGAAUUUAUUGGUCGGGAACUUUGAUCAGAUCCUCUACCAAUUGCUGAAACAGCAGAAGGAGAAUCGAGAGAGGAUACUGUUGGGAACAGAUAAGGACAAAGUCUAUAAAACCUUAUAUGACAUGAAGGAAAUGAUGACAAGCAUGAAAGAAGAGCGGUUGAAGCUUCAAGUGAUGAUGGCUAAGGCGAAAACUGCGAAGAGAAAAGGGAAGGAGCCUGUCACUGAAGAGAGUAGCAGUGAGAGUGAAAGCGAGGAGGAAUGGGAACCCCCUCGUUGCCAGGAGAUCCGUGAGAUGCGAGAGGAGGAGCGCUAUCUUGUUUGCGCUAUCCUCCAACUGGCUAUUCUCAGCCUCGGUUCGCCAUUCUGCUGCCAUAACGCAAGGUUGCCCAUUGAAAGGCAAGGGCAGACAGGGAAACUGAGCACCGCCGAGAGUGACUCGACGACACCCUCGACGCCUUCGGAACCGGUUUCUUCGCGAGUAACCGGCCUUCAUUCCGAGGCGCACGUGGAAGUCGGUAGUCCUCUUCUACUUUCCUUUGAGGACUAUGCUGCCCGGUGCGUUCCUACGCUGGGUACUCCAGCUCAAGGACAAGGAGUGUGUGCGGUUUCUUCUCCGUCCGGCAACCGCAACUUUUCGUCUUCAAGUGGUUCUUCACGGGAUUCGGCACGCGAGUUCAAUAUAGAGGCAUUGGACCCGCUCACGUCUGAGGACUUUGCAUGGCUUCCUUUCCCAACCACAGGCCGCUUGUCGGGACCUCAAUGCGCAGCACUCAGCGCUAAUCUUCACACUUACUUAUCCUUCUAUGCACCACCAACUUCGCCGACGGAUGACGAAGUCGCGGUGGGGGACAUCUUGGCGUAUACUACCAAGGUGGCCCGCGAGUUUCGCACGCAGCGGUACGAUGACAACAACGCACCGCUCAUGUAUGUCCGCAUUCAGGUUGGGCAAGCGUCCUGCAGCGCUUUGCGGGAUGGCGGCGCGUCUCGCAACUUCAUGAGCCAGUCUUUUAUGCAAAGGGCUGGCCUUGGCGCACAAGUUCGGAGGAAGGCAAACCCGACGGCGAUCCUGUUGGCGGAUGGAAAGAGGCAACAACUUCUCGACCGUUACAUCGAGGCCGUAUCGGUCUACUUCGCACCUCAUGCAUGCGAACCGGUGACAUUCGAUAUUCUCGACACGGACUUCGACAUCAUUCUGGGAAUGCCUAGGCUUGCAAGUGUGGAUCACACGGUCAACUUCCAUCGGCGGACUCUUAGCGUUCGCGACGCCUUCGGCGCGGAAGUGGCGUGUACUAUUCCUCUACUGCACUCUUCGAUCCGGUGCCAAGUGGUGACGGCCAAAUCAUUCCGGGCAGCUUGCGCUUACGAGCAGCCCGAGGAGAUCGGCCUAUGUUUCCCACGGACCGUCGCGGUAGCCGACUCUUCACCCACGGACUUGUCUUCGGACCCCCGUGUGGUACGGUUGCUGGACGAGUUCGCCGACAUCUUCGAGUCACCUACCGGUGUGGUGCCGGGUCGGCCUAUCUCUCACGAGAGCAUUCUUGAGGCCGGUGCCGUGCCGCCGAAAGGUUGCAUCUAUCGGAUGAGCGAGGAGGAGCUUGAGGUCCUCUGCGCACAACUCGAUGAUUUGUUGGCCAAGGGCUGGAUCUGCCCGAGUAGCUCCCCAUAUGGAGCACCAAUUCUCUUCGUCAGGAAGAAGAACAAGGAUCUACGAUUGUGUAUCGACUACCUCAAGCUCAACGCGCAAACCGUCAAGAAUGCGGGGCCUCUUCCUCACAUCGACGAUCUUCUUGAGCGACUGGGCGGCGCGAAGUAUUUUUCCAAGUUGGAUUUGAAAUCGGGAUAUCAUCAAAUCUCGAUCCAGCCGAACGAUCGCUACAAGACCGCGUUCAAGACGCGGUACGGGCAUUUUGAAUGGGUGGUCAUGCCUUUUGGCCWCACCAACGCCCCGGCGACGUUCCAGGCGGCGAUGACCAAUGAGUUUCGUGCAAUGUUGGACCGGUUCGUGCUGGUCUACUUAGACGAUAUUCUCGUCUAUAGCCGGACAUUGGAGGAUCGUCUUGGACAUCUUCGACGAGUGUUGGAGACGCUCCGCCGUGCCAAGUACAAGGCCAACCGCGACAAGUGCGAAUUUGUCCGGCAAGAGCUGGAAUACUUGGGCCAUUUUGUUACACCGGAGGGCAUAAAUCCGCUAUCGGACAAGAUUCAGGCCGUCCAAGACUGGCCGGAGCCUCGGAACGUCACGGAUGUCCGCUUGUUCCUCGGUCUUACCGGCUACUAUCAGCGCUUUAUCAAAGGCUACUCAAAGAUCGUGGCCCACUUGAACAAGCUUCAGUGCGAGGAUCGGCCGUUUGACUUCGGAGAGGAGGCGCGAGGAUCCUUCUUCGCUCUCAAAGCCACGCUAUUGUCUGCGGAGGUCUUGCGGAUAUACGACCCGCUUGCGCCUACGCGCGUCACUACGGAUGCGUCAGGCUAUGGCAUUGGUGCAGUCCUCGAGCAACAUGAUGGUGUGGACUGGCACCCGGUCGAGUACUUCAGCAAGAAAGUGCUUCUCGUGCAUUCCAUUGACAAUGCACGCAAGAAGGAGCUCCUCGCCUUCGUCCACGCGCUCAAGCGGCGGUGGCACUUCCUCCCUGGUCGAAGCCAAUUUCGAUGGGUAACGGACAACAAUCCGUUGGUCUUCUACAAGACCCAAGACACCGUCAACAGCACCAUCGCUCGAUGGAUGGCUUUCAUCGGCCAGUUCGACUUCUUUCCCGAUCACAUUCCCGGAAAGUCGAACCGUUUUGCGGAUGCUCUCUCACGGCGUCCGGACCAUUGUACCGCAGUCUACUCGACCUUCGAGAUUGACGACGACCUGCGGAACAGCUUCAUCCGCGGCUACCAAGCCGACCCCGAGUUUUGUGACAACGCAGCGGAGGCUGAUGUAUGUGGCACUCACAAGAGCCAAGCGGUUUGUGGUUGACAGGAAGCUGUAGCGGUAAAAACUAAAGUAGGGGGAAGUACAGUUAGGGAAACUGUUGUACUGAAAACUGCAGUAGUGGAAACCGCAGCAGUAGAAACUGCAGCAGCGGAAACUGGAGCAGUGGAAACUGGAGCAGUGGAAACUGGAGCAAUGGAAACUGCAGCAGUUAACACUGCAGCAGCGGAAACCGCAACAGUGGACACUGCAGCAGUGGAAACUGGAGUAGUGGAAACUGCAGCAGUGGAAACCGCAACAGUGGACACUGCAGCAGUGGACACUGCAGGAGUGGAGACUGCAGCAGUGGAAACUGCAAGAGUGGAGACUGCAGCAGUGGAAACUGCGGUAGCAGCAGAUGAGCAAGCAGGGGCAGGACGAGAGCAUCUGCUACGGUUUGGGAAGUCAACACAGGCCCAAACAGCUGAAGAACAGGUUGAGGUAAAUCGCCAUCUGGUAGGAAAGAAGAAAGAAAAGGAGGAAAAGAUAAAGAAAAAGGAGGAGGAAGUGAAGAAGAAGCUGCAAGAAGAAAAAGAGAAGUUGGAGAAGGAGAUGAAGGAGAAGGAGAGGAAAUUGAUGGAAGAAGAAAAAAAAAAAACAGAAGAAGAAGAAGAAGAAGAAGAAGAAGAAGAAAAAGUCGUGGGAGAAAGAAUGGAAAGAAGGAGAGGUCAACCACUGGCGGAGCAGGCCGAGAGCAGCGAAAUGGGAAGCAUACGGAUGCGCCAGUUGGAGGCAAUGGACUGGCUAGGCCAAUUUGGAUUUCGGGAGGAGCUGCCAGCAGAGAGUGAGGAAGAGAAGGAAACUUUCCUCAAACUGUUGUCUAAAGUGAAGGAUGAGACAGAGAAACGGUUGUUGGUGGAGGAAAAGAGAGCAAGCUUGCAUAAUCGCAUGCUGCUAGAAAGGAGAAAAGAGGUUGAUGAGAAGACGGAAAUGAAAGAGGAGGGGGAGAGAUUGCGGCAGAUGUUGCAGGAGCAGAAAGGGAAACAAGUUGCAGUAGAAGAAAGACUUACCCUCCUCAAUGACACUCUCCUCCAUACCAAUGAACAACUCGCUGUACUUCAUCAGACCGUAACCAAAGUAGAGGCACAACAUGGAGAAUUUGCUGAUACAUGGAAUAACUUUCUGAAUAAUGCCUCGCCGCAGAUUGACUUGCGAGUCCGCGAUUAUGUGGAACAGUUAGAUGAAGCUCUCUGCCAGAGACUUAGGGACCCCGCCGUGAUUAAACAAUUGAAAAUUGGUGGUGGGGGAGGAGAUGGAGGCGAUGAUGGUGAUGAUGGGGACAGGAAAGGAAAAGGGGUCAAGAAAGAGAAGGAUGAAGAAGCGGAGGAAGCCAGGCAGAAGAUGAAAGUGAAACUGCCAUGGAGUUAUAAUGGGAAGAAGGAACCCGCGGGGGAGGGCUACAAGGAGGAAGAGACCGUGGUAGAGGAACAGGAGACCGCGGUCGAGGUGGAGGAAGAGGACCCGCCGCCCAGAGGGGUAGUGGCGAAGGAAGCUACUAUGUGGGAGGUAGGGGUAAUGGUCCCUCGCAAGGUGGAAGAGGUUCCUACUCCACAGGGGGAAGAGGUAGAGGUGACCCAUGUAAUGCUGGAUGGGGGCCAUCAAAAGAGCCCAUCGAGAUUUCUGGGAGAGAUUCCUCCAGCUCUGGCAAAGCGUUAUGUAAAGUAUGAAAGCACAGUCAACCUUCCUCUCCCUGAUGCGAUUGUGCCAUUUGAGAGGCAAUCAACGGUCGUGCCAGCUAGCAGUAUCGGCAACUGCGAGGAAAGAGAAGCUUUCGCGGAUGCAGUGGUCUGCCAGUCGAUGAAGACAGUGAAAAGAAAGCAGGGAAAAAGACAAAGACAGCAACAGCGGCAAAAGAAUCUUGAAGAUGGAGAGAAGAGCCAGAGGGAGGAGCAAGGCACGCAAAUAGAGGGAUUUGAAGUGCUUGAAGACAAAGAUGAUGGUACUGUGGCUGGGCAGCAGUUCUCUAGAAAGAAGAGAGGGAAGGAGAGGACAACUGGAAAGGAGGAAGGAACCCCAAAGGAGGGGGGAGUUGAUGCCAGAGUCAAGCUAAGUUAUUCCAUGUUGAUGAAGAAAAAGCGUGCCGAGCCGUUUCAGUCUAAGAGGUCUUCUUACUUUGCUAGUGGAAGCCAGAGUUCUGCACAUGGAGUUGAUGUGAACAAUGGGAUACCUCCCUCUUCAAGUGACCAUAUCGAUGCUCUGGCUAUGAACAGCAAAAGGACUUGUCAGAGGCGAUUUGUCAUCGACGAUGAUGAUGAAGGUGCGGGUGAAUGAUUAGCCCUGCGGCUGCUGAUGCUGCAGUUGUGAUUAUUGUUGUAGCUGCUAGUGUCUCUUUUGCUGAUACCGUUGCCGCAUACUUGCGUGAUGUUAUAUUUGCUAGAAUUGACUGAUGUUCUUGUUACGAAUCCAUUAUAUGAUGCUGUUUUUUUUGUCAAAUUUUGUGUUUCCCAUUUUAUCUUUACUUCUGGGGAGAGAAAGAACUAUCUCCGAAUCUCGCCCUUUCUUGCUGCAUUCUAUUUUUGAAGAAUGUCAUGGAUAACCAUCCACAUUGGUCAAGGUCUAUAACUUCUAUAGUAAAUUUUAAGUUUGUAG